AUUUCUAAGAAAAUGUUAACAUGACCCUAAUUUCUAUAUUUAUUCUAAGUCUAGUCAACAAUGGCAACUUGAAAGUAAACAAAAAACUGAAAAACAAUGGCAAGUGGAAGUCUUGAACAAGGAACCUGUUUCCAUUGCCCCCCACCCCACCCCCACACACACUUAUUUAUAUGUAAAUUGAAGUUUUGGUGAAAUGAAGCUUUCGCAUGUCUCAGCACUUAUUUAGUUGCAGUGAUAAUAUUAUUAAAAUGAUAAUAAUUGUGUUGUUACUUGUUGUACAAUUAUUAUGGUGUAUACGUAUGAUUGUUAUGAAAAAGAAAGAAAAAAAGAAGUAUGACCAUUAUGAGUUUCAAUUGGAAGCUGGGAUGGAUUUGGGGGACAUGUAUAUUCCCAGCACCGAUGAUAAGGUUAAGCUACAAAUUAUGGAUGCACUGAGAGUAAGAGACCAAGGAGAAAAUAUAAUUGGAUUAUGUGGGUCAGUUAAAAGAGUCGAGCAUUUUGCAAAAACAGCUAUAAGAAGAGCCGAGAGAGAUCAAUUGUUCCAAGAGAUUAUCACAACAAAUGUGACAAAGAAGCCGGAUAUUACUAAGAUUCAGGCACAAAUUGGUGAGGCAAUAGGUCUGAAUUUUGAUGAUAAAGGUGUUGUAGUUAAAUCAACUUGGUGGAAAUUUGGUAAUAACAAAAGGAUAUCAACUGCAGAAAGAGCUGCACUUUUGUGUGCUAAGAUGAAAGAGUUGCAACCAGUUCUAGUUGUACUACAUGAUGUUCAUGGUAGACUUGAGUUUGGUGAGAUUGGUAUCCCCUUUGGUGAUGAUCACAAUGGUUGUAAGAUAUUGGUCACAUCAACAAGUGUACAAGUUUUAUCCGAACAAAUAAAGGUUCAUAAAUUGAUACAGAUAUCAAAUAUAUUACAUGAUUCUCUUCCAACUAGUGUUAGAAGCAGAGUGAGGUGAAAAUAAUCUGAAGUCCAACACAUUGUUUGGAAAACACCAUGUUGGAGAGAUUAUUAUAGGUUGGUAAGUGCUUUUGUUGGUGCAAAUGAACUAAGAUUAUUUAUUUUCGUUUAUGUCAAAUGAUUGUGCUUGUAAUCUAAGAUAUGAAUUCAGUUCAGAUAAUAAAAACUGUCAUGAUUUACUAUCAUCAUAUAAUAUUA